CAACUGAAUUAUGAAUUCAAAGGAACGAGAGAAUUUCCUACGGAGUUCCAUUUCAGUUGUUGAUAAUGCUAGAGAAGCUCAAGUGCUUACCAGACAACAAGACAUUAAUCAGAAAUACAAAAUGGAGUCCAUACCAAGAGGAUUUGUAUUGAUUAUUAAUAAUAUUCAUUUCCAUAACCAUACACAUCGUUCAGGGACUCAACAAGACAGAGAAAAAUUGAAGGCUUUGUUUGAAGAUUUUGGAUUCCGAGUGGAAGUCAAGGAAGAUCAAACAGCUAGGGAAAUAGAAGACCUGCUGUCAGCGUUUUCUUUACGACAAGAUCUUCAUCAUGUGGACAGUUUGAUUGUUGUUCUUAUGUCACAUGGUACUGAUGAGGACAUCUUAGGAACAGACUGCCGGAGGUUAAAUGUCAUCAGCCUCAUCAAAAAGUUCAAUGCAAAAUACUGUCCAGCUAUGAUGGGAAAGCCUAAAAUGUUUAUUGUAAAUGCUUGCAGGGGAGGUGAUGUAGACUGUAAUCCAACAUUAAAACGACACAUGGCAUUUGAGUCUGACAUAACUGAGACAGACGCUUGUCCGACAUCUUUAGACAAGAAACAGCCUGAUAAUAGUGAUUUUUUGAUAGCUUACUCCACAUUUCCUGGUUAUCUUUCAUUUAGAAAUUGCGAACAAGGCAGCUGGUUCAUACAAUGUCUGGAGGAAGUGUUCAGAGAAUCUGCCUCUGAAGAACAUGUUAUGGAUAUGUUAACACAGGUAAAUGCUAGAGUAGCAAGUAAGAGUGAGAGCAUGAUGGGAUACAACCAGACACCAGCGCCAUCUACAACACUAAGAUACAAAUGGUUUCUAAAUCCUACAAAUAUUUUGCAUAUGAUGGAGUUGAACUUUAUAAGAAUGGGAAUAAUAUUUAUGAAUAUUUUGACUGAUAUUCUGUAUGAUAGACUGAAUUUGGAUGGACAGAAUGUACCUCUUAGAAGUAAAUGUAAUUUCACUUAUUUGUACAAUGAGCACAGAAAGCUCUACCUUCAUAAAGCAAGCAAUUUAAACAUCGGUUCUGAUGGACCUUGGGGAGGAACUUGGCAGGAUAUUGAAAACUUAGAUUUAGCCAUCGGGGACGACAUAGAACGUAUAAGACUGAUACGAAAUGAACUGUUUAACACUUCAACAUAUGAACUUGAGGAAACACGCUAUAAUGAGUUGUGCAAUAUAAUACGUGAUCUAUCAGGACGCUUUGAUCAGCAUAACAAACCUUCACUGCUGUAUUCAGAUAGAAUGAAAGAAAUGAUAGCCAAAGUAAUUUCUGAUGAAGAAGCAAACAAAAUUCGAAAAUAUAUUGAAAAUGAAACUGCAGAUAAAGAUGACGUUGUUCCAACAGAAAUAAAAUUAAUGUCAGAUAAGAGCUCUGUCCCCAUAUACCUCAAAUUACUUGAGUCUGGUUCAGAGAAAAAAAGAGAUAUUCGUUUGGUCAUUGUUGGAAAGAAGGGUGCUGGGAAAACAUCUCUUUUAAAAAGGUUGUUUGGAGAAGAAUUAGGAGCGGUUGACAGUACGAAUGGCAUAGAGAUUCAUCGAAUAAAAUGUAAAACUAGAUCCACUGAUGUUAAUUGGAAAAAAAUAAAUGGUAACAAUGAAGAAUCCGAACGUAACUCGAGACUGUUAAUACCAUAUAGAGAAAGACUGACGUUUCAGAAAGAAGUCGCUGAUAGUCAUGCAACACCAUCCAAUCAACAUGAAGAAAAAGUUACGACACACUACAUAGAAACUGUUGAAACGUCAGAACAAGGAGCCAACCGCAACUCUAUAAAUAACAAUACAACAUUAAGUUCUGAAGAAACAUUAUUUUCAAGAACAGCCUCUGAUCAGCCAGAAAAAGUAGCAGUACGUAUUUCUCAUCAGGUGGAAAAAUUAGUUAGUUAUGUUACUGUCAAUGAAACAGAGAAGCAGCAGUCUAACUUAUCCGUUGAUCAGGCAAAUGAAGAAAUCAAAGAGAUGUUAAAUUCUGAAGUUGAUUUUAACGACAGAAAUGAGUAUGCUACAUUGUUGUUAUGGGAUUUUGCUGGAGACAAAGAAUUUUACCACACACAUCAAACCUUCCUUUCCCAAGAUUCAAUUUAUGUAGUAGUGACAAACCUGAACGAGGCUGACAACAAAGAGGCACAAGGUAUUUUUCGAUUGUGGAUGGAUUCGAUACAUUGCUACUGCAGACCGAAUGAGUUGAGUAAUAUUUCUAAUAUUGAUACUAAGAGCAUUUCAGAUGAUCCCCUAGAUCCUCCAGUAAUGCUAGUGGGUACAUGGAGAGAUCAAGUGCAGAAUCCUGCGGGAGAGGAGAUUGCGAAUGUAUGUAAUGCAAGCCUUCAUAAGUUUGCCGAAGAUGUUUCAGAGGAUGCUUGCAGACACAUUCGGGAUGAGUACACACACUUCGUUUCUAAUACAGAUGAUGAUGACACUGCAUUCCAGCCAAUACGUGAACACAUUUUACAGUUGGCCAGAGAAAUGAAAACAUGGAAUACAAACUAUCCUUUGAAAUUUAUUCAACUGGAAAAACGUCUUCUGGACAAAAAAAAAGAUUUACCAAUUGUUUCCCUUCAUGAUUUAAAGCUAAUCACCUCUGAAUCACCAAAUCCAUUAAAUAAUGAAGAGCUUAUGUUGUUUUUGAGAUUUCACCAUGAAAUUAGAGCUUUAAUAUUUUUUGAGGAUCUUUCUGAUUAUAUUAUUUUAGAUACACAGUGGUUAUCAAAUGCAUUCAAAGUUGUUGUAACGGCAGAAAAAUUUCAGAAAAAAAGCAUAAAAAAUAGAAGAAAAUGGGAGGAAUUCUAUUCUUCAGGAAAAUUACAUAGUUUUGUUUUAAAAGAUAUGUUUAAAAAUGAACAAAAUUUGUUGUCUGAAUACAAAGAUUAUAUCUUGAAUGUUAUGGAGAAAUUUGAUAUCAUUAUACGUCCGAACAUAUUAGACAAAGAUACUGGUAAUGAGGAAUCUUGCUAUUAUGUACCUUGUAUAAUAAAGCAUGAACCAGAUCGUAACGUAUACGCAAUGUUGAAUGCAACUGCAGAUACCUGUCAGAGAUCCACUUGGUUAUGUUUCAAGUUUACAUUUCUCCCCCCACAUCUUAUGAACCAUUUGAUUGCCUCGCUAUGUCGGAGGUAUAACAUUGCGGAGUUUGUCGAUAGUGGACAAACUAAAAAGCGGAUUGCCCUUUUCAAGGGAACUGUUGUCUUUGAGGUAGAUAAGUUGACAGAAUUACAAAAACUUCUUGUAAUAACACGUUCAGAUCUUAUUCAGAUGCAGAUUUUGGAAUUCGGAACCAAUGUAGUGUUUGGAAAGGGGGUAUACAAACUGAUUACGAAAUUUGUGACAAAGGAAAUAAACAAAAUAAUAAAUACAAGAUUCAAGAUGACAAAUUUAAAAUUCUCUAAAAAGUGGGAAUGUGGCCUUGCACAACCAGAUUCUGUGACUGGAUGUAGAGACUUUGGUGAACACCAUAUUACAGAGUAUAACUGUGGUAUGUGUAGACAAAUACACAAGGCAGCUGACGAAUGGUCAGAUCUACCAACUGAGCCGUUAGGGCGCAUUCAUCAUGCCCAAGGAUCUGAUCCACAAACAGAGACACUUUCUGAAAAUAAAACUGUUAUAUCAACAAAGGUCUCAACAAAUGUGUCUGGGGUAGCGGGCAUUGGAGAUACUAACAAUAAGUGCAUUAUGAAGAAACAAGAUGAUCCCAAAGAUCUGCAUGCAAAGCUGAAAGGGGACCUAUGUGAUCAUAUUAACCAUGAUAUAGAAAAAUCUGAAUUUGAUAAAGUGAAAAACAGAGUGAAACACUACAUGACACCAAAAGACUUCAAGGAUGCAGUAGACAUGCAAUGUCUUCUGGAUAUUCUGGAGAAGAAAAAUAUUUUGAAAGUUGGUAAAUACGACAUCCUUAUACAGAUAUUUAAAGAGUUCGAUGUAAGAAUCGUUGAAAACGUAAUACAACCAGCUGAAGAAAACAUAAAAAGGAUACUUGAUAUGAAAUAUACAACACACAUUAACGAAACUGCCUGUCAGAUUGAAGUCUCACAUGAAGUGCGUGAACCACCAAAAAAGAAGACAAAACAUGAAAACUAAACAAAAAAUUGUCGUUCUAGAUAUCUUUCUGUUAUAAGUAAAUAUCGUCGAAACUUUGUUUGCAAGUAAGGUGAACUGGAAAUGUAACGUCCUGCAUUCACGGAAAGACAUUCACUACGUAAAGAGUGAAAGUAAUAUCUGCUUAAGGGGGCUCCUGGGUAUAUAUCAAAUUGUUUUUCUAAUAUAGGAUUUCGCUAUAUCUUUUUAUAAAUAAACUUUAUCUCACACCACAUCUUCCUAUAUCUAUUUAUCAUAUACUUAAAAGAAAAAUGAACUAAAAAAAUGGGGUCACAGUUCAUUUAAGCUCACACUCUGCGUCCGGAAGAAGCAUACAUUUUUGUUUGUUUCCUUUUUUUCUGUUGAACUAAUAGGAGAAAUAGAGGUAAUAUCGAAAUAAAAAAAAAACUAAUAAGAGAAAUAGCUUUAAUUUUACAAUUAUUUAGUUUAUGUACAGCUUAUUUGAAAACAGUAAUAAAGAAUGUAGGACACCAAUGAGUUAAAGAAGAUAUUUCAAAUUGAAUGCCAAAAAUGACAUUUUUGCACCAAAGGGAAAUAAUUUUGAGCUCUUUUAAUGAUAUAAAUAUUUAAAAAGUCAUAUGGGGCUAAACCGAAUCGAUUUUUUUGGUUGAAUUUUGUACCAUAUCAGAGAGUAAUAACUAAUAGUAUAAAAAAUAAAGGUUUAAUAUUUUGCUGAAAUUUUUGUACCCACGAGCCACCUUAAGUAAUUAUAUAAUUAAUUAGCUUUUUUUUUAUUAAAUAAACAAGGGUAAAUAUUAAUGUUGGUGAAUGUGGAAAAGAGCCUGUCUGGAAACUACAGAUGCACAUUCCAGGAAAAUUUCAAAUCUAUCUUUACCCUUCCCCUCCCUAGGAAAAGAUAUUGAUUCAGAAGUAUAUACAAAAUUUCUUUGUUUUAAUGGUAAUACGGAAACUUGAGUUGCAAAAAUAGAAACUAGCUUGAAAAAUUAGUGCGAGAAAAAAAUACUAUAUAAUCAAAAACACGACAACAGAAAACAAACAUAUAAUAUGACGGUUCUACAAAGCAGGUUAAAAAGGGAAAUUGGGGGAUAUUUGAACUGGUUCGUUUUGUCUUUCAACCGGUCACGUUUGAUCCCCAUUUGAUGACAAACAUAUAUUAAAAUGUGCACAAAAGCAUUAGUGGGUAUUCUAUUUUUUUAUUCCAAUUUGGGAGUUUUUCAUAUAUUUCUUGGUAUACAACUGUUGCCUUUUUCUAUCUAACUAUGUAAUUUGUAUUUUAUAGUUUGUAUUUUGUAUUUCUCAGUGUGCAAAUUUUUUUUCUCAGUGUAUAUAUGUAUAUAUUCUCAAUUUGUAAAUAUAGUUCACAGUCUAUAUUUUUUUGGAACUGUUUAAAUCUUAAUGUUGUUUUUUUCUCUGAAUUUAUGUGUGUAAUUCAGUAUGACGAUACAUUUUACUCUCAAAAUUAAAUUAAUUGAUGUUGUAAAAAUAUAUAUUUACUUCAAUACUCCUAACAUAACAAAUAUUAUAAUUAAAUUUUACUGUGAAUGUUGUUUUAGUUAAUAGAUAUAAGAAGAUAUGGAAUGAGUGCCAAUGAGACAACUCUCCAUUCAAGUUACAAAUUGUAAAAUUAAACCAUUACAGGUCAAAUUACGGUCUUCAACACGGAGCAUUGACUCACAUCGAACAGUAAGCUAUAAAGGGCCCUAAAAAUUGCAAAUGCUGCCUACAGAUGCAAAAUUCAUCAACAUUUCACAGUAAGGCAUCCUGAAAAUAUGAAUGUUAUUUACAUACUAGAAUGUUCGGUGUGUGGCCUCCAAUAUGUUGGUGAGUCAAAACAGCUUUUCAACAAACGCCUCAAUGGCCAUAGGAGUGAUAUCUCAAAGAAGCCAAUUUUCCCAGUUUCUCAGCAUUUCAGACAGUCGGGUCACAAACUUGAUGACUUUAACCGCAUGACAAUUCUAGUGAUUAAACAGAACAUUCACUGGAGUGAUGCCCAGCUACAGGUUCGGGAAAGCUUUUGGAUAAAGCAACUUAAUGUACAUCAUCCAAACGGCAUCAAGAAGAAAUACUAACAGUUUUGUUUUUCACCCAUUUGUAUUGUUAAUAUACUCAUUCACGUAUAUUGAAUUAUAGUGUUUUGUUUAUAUUAUGAUAUUCAGGAUUUUGGAUUAAAAUCAAUCGACCAAAACUUAUUUGUAUUAUUACUGAUCUAUUUUUGCACCUUAAACAUUAUGUAUCAGUUUUGUUAAAAAAUUUGACACUGAGGAAGGCCAUUUGUUGAGCCGAAAUAUUUGUCAACCCGAUUUAAUAACAACAGUUUCGUAUAAUAACAUCUUAUUUCAGUACCGUUGUGCAAAUUUUUAGACUAAUAUAAUGUUUUCCUUAUUUGCAUAGAAUUGUCUAUUCUAGACGAUCCGGUACAUAGUAAAUUUGCUGGUUGGUCCUUUUUAUAGACUUUUAUAUAUAUAAGAAACAGCAAAAACAACUACCACACAAUAAACAUUCAAAAAUAAGAAAGCAAUGAAUGAUGAAGUUAAAUUAGAAAUAUGCCUUUGUGUGCUUCUUUGUUAAACAUUUGUUGUUGUUUUUUGUUGUUAUUAAGACGCUGGUGUACAUCCUGUUAUUAUUGUUUAUAAUAAUUUCGUAUUUUUGUCUUUCAUUUUUACCAAAUCGCUUUGUCUAUAUGCCUUUUAGUUGGAUACUUCGAAAACUUAUUUGUUGCUUGUCUUUCAUUUUUGCUAUGUGCUUUGUAUUUAUGCCUUUUUAUGUUUCUUUGCUACACAUAUGACGUGGCUCUGUACUUAUACUGUAAAUAUCGUCAUUUUGUUAUUAUACUAUGGUAAAUUGGUAUAUUAUUGAA